CUGUUUUUAAUUUCAUUUAAUUUUAUUUCGUUUUAAGUCCCCGCCAAAGUCCCGUCGGUGGGGCCGCGGCCCGCGCACCACGUGGCUCCCCACGUGUGAGGCGCUGCCGGAGACGCAGGGUCGAGGUGUCGCAACUGUUUGCUCCGACCACAGGCACGGGUGGCCUGCUCCAAAUCCAAAUGUGACCUAUAAAUGGAUAGGAAAAACAGCCUGUGCCAUCUGCACGUCGCGGGCUGUGGGGCGGCCUUUUAUUUGAGUUCCUGUCGGGCGUAGUUCUCAAGUAACCGCUGUUACUCAUAUAGGACCCAGCAUUGUCAUAUUUAAUAGCGGGUUUUGUUUUCCUGUAAGCACCUAUUGUGAUCCCAUUUCCACGCAGCUCUAGGGUUGCGUAGUCCGUGUUCUCUUCCUCAGUGCAGACUUGCCUGGAGAGGCAAUCCUGCCUCUGUGCUCCGAGGGAAGAGGCUAAAUGAGUUCACUGGGGCUGUGCAACAACCCCGCGUGUUACAGGUUUAACCUGCCUGUUAAACAGAUCUUGCUAAAGUCUGGGCGGAAUUUUAUGUUAAAAGCUUCACACGUUGCUCCUGUUGUUUACUUUUUUUAAAUUUUAAAAGUUCGUACAGAUACCAUCUUCCAUUAUAUUUUUUACGGCUAAAAUGUGCGUGUUUGGUACAUGUGGUUUCUCCCACUCCACAUAUGGGUAGGCAAAAAGUGCUGCAGAGUCACUUUUGGAUGAACUUUAUUUCUCUUCCUGGUUUGUGUUAACAGAGCUAUGCAAGAAUUACCCGUGUAAUCGAAGUCAGGAUGUCCUUUUGUCCUGGCUUCUGGCCCCUCAGCUCUCGAGUUAAUGUUCAUCGGUGCUGGGUCAGCCUGGCUGUGCAGUGCAGGGGGGUCCCACGUGGAGCAGAGGGCUUGUCUUUCCGCUUCUGCAGGUUCUCCUGACGUUUCAAGCUGAUUUCUUUCUGAAUUGGGGUAAUGUUGUCUGGUGGUCAAAAUACUUUUGUAUCUCAUCCUAGUGAGGACAAAAGUGGGAGCAUCACUAACUCUGCUGUAGCAGGAUUUUAGGUUACAGAUGUGGAAAUUCAGCUUUGGUGACAGUCGUGUUCGAGAAUUCCUAGCCUUGCUAGUGAAAUAAAACCUCCUUUAAAAUGAGUAGUACUUGGAGUUCUGUGUUGCACCUAAAUGCUAGCUCUUAGGUUAGCAGGCCUUUCUGCUGUUGAGUGCUUUGAGGAAGGCAGAGCUGUGCCCCCUGUCACAUUGGGGUUUGCCAUACUCGGGCUGCCUUGCCCCAGUCAGGGGUGGUGCUGUAGGUUGGUCACCAAGGGCCUGGAAAGGAGCUGCUGAUUUCUCAAUGUUUGCCUCUGGCAGACCUGACUUGCUGAAGGGCUCUGACAUGUGCUGGCUCUGGCAGUGGCUUUUAUCUGCUCUGUGCUCUGAUUGAAGGGUGAAGUCCUGCUGAUACUGACUGCGGGCUGUGCUUGCAGGGUGAAAGAAGCACCUGGGAAACUCAGUGAAGAGUCAGCCCUGCUGUACAGGGCUGUUAAAUGCUAAGGAACUGCUGAUAUUCAGAAGAAUUGUCACUAAUCUUGGGGUUGAAGUUCAGCUUCCUUUUUACUAUGAGGAGCCCAAGUCAGUUGUAUUUUUGUUCGUUAAAACAACAUCUUCCCUGGAGGGCAUCGAGGCUGAAAGCCAUAAAAUAAGGAGUGUUGAAGUGGAGCUUAGUGCCAUUUCUAUUCAUCAUAAGCUCUAGGUGGGCUGCUAAAACGGAUACUGCUGAAUCUUGUGUGUGAGACCUGGAGGUUAAUAGCACCUCUCCUGUUCUAGGGGUUUUGAGUCUGUAUUAACUGUGAAGCCCCAGAAAGACCCAGUCUUCCCCUUCAGAGUUUGAUAUAAAGAACUUCUAGUAUCAAAGGUUUCUUACAUCACUACAAGAAACAAAAAAACUUUGAAGUUUGGUGCUUGGUUUGCCCUCAGAAGCUUCUGAUCUGACCUAGGAAAGCACUGUGAGCUGUUCUCAGCCCUGCUCUUUAGCAGUAGGGCCGUCACAGAGAACAAGGUCUAAAAUUCAGUCUUAAUAACGUUGUGGCUUCAAACUGCAGUUGCAGAGCUCUGUAGCAGGAGUUGAGGUAAAUUACUGCCUUCUCUCUUUCUGGGAAGGUACAGAAGCACAAUUAGACCUGUGUUUUUGACAAGUUUUCCAAUCUUAUUCUGUGAGGCAGUGCCUUACUAUAUCCUGCAGAAUUUGACCUGUCUCAGAAAUGGUACAUGAGGCCACAGUUGUAAUUUGUUUUCCAUUACUGCUUUUCCUGCCCCGGUGAGGUAAAAAUCUCGCUCUGGUAUGUGAGGGGGGUGGGGCCGAUGACACAUGGACAGACAGGACAGGCUGCUUUGUGAAACACAUCUGAGCUGGGCACAGCACUGAGAGCUGCGACUGAAAAGUUUCCAAGCAGACUUAAGUAGCUUUCUUGCAGAAGGCUUACUUAAGGUGGCCUUGAUAGAUAAAAGGAACUGCUGGAAACUUGCCUGUGAUGACAAAAUGGAAGAGUAUUGACUAAUAGAGGAGCGUUUGAACUUGGGUGGUUUUUAGUGCACUCAUUUUUUUUCUCUUGGAAGUGAAGCUGCAAUGGUGUCCAAAGUGCUUGGAGGCUGUCCAUUUAAGGACUUGUCUUCUGAACCAACCUUUUCUGGGUAUUACUCCUUCAAGGUGGCUGUUGGCUUCCUCUGGAAACUGAAUCCUUAUGGUUCACACUGCUGGGCAAUUCUGUCCGGGGGAAGGCUUUUAGAAGGUGGGGCAAGGAAAACCAGUGUCAGCUGCAGCCACGUCUGGCUACUGAACAUGUGCUGAGGUUCAGAGCCUUUACAGGCAGAAUGCAGAACUAAACAUGGAAAUACCAGGGGAAGAAAAACCUCAGGCAAACUCUUGGGUACUUGGAUGUGCUGAAGAUCUCUGAAGAUAGAGGAGUGUGCUUUGUAAUCACACUUGUAUGGCAGCUGAAACCUUCCAGUACCUCUGAGUUCAGGGGAAAAAGGGGCCUCUGGAGAUAAAGGUUUCUAAAUGAAUCUCCAAUAGUCUCAAAGGAUGAUUGCAGAGACUGUUGACUUUAGAUUUCUUACUCAGUUGGUGUAAUCUUUGCCAUUUUGCUGAGAGAAAGAGAAAAGGAGACUUCAGGUUUUCCUUGUGAAGGGGCAGUUAUAAAGGAAGGAACUCUGAAGCAGAUGUACAACUUUGAGACUCCUUAGGGCAGUGAGUGGUGAGCUUCUGUCCCUGGUGCAGGUCCUGCCCCGGACUGGCAGAUGGACAGCCUGGAGGUAGGCUGCCAUUGGCCCUGGUAUCAGAACUCCUCCCCUGUGCAUCUGAAGCAGGGCUGGCUCACCUGUUAGGCAUUUCUCUCUUGCCAUGUGUUUAAGCUGACUGGUUCUGUGGGGAGCUGCCAGCAGGAUCCAGUGCUGGGUCACUGUGCCAUAGUCUCGGGUUCAUGGAGUGAGGUCUGGUAGUUAAUGCCUGUUAAGAUGUGCUGCAGCUGCUGCCAUGCUGGUUUGCUGUCUAUAACAGAUCAUAUGUUGCCAUUUGAUAAUGUUUUCACGUGAACACUUUCCGGAAGAGUUGUGAGUGAAGAGUAUAUAUGUCAGAGACCCCCAUCUCGUCCCUCUUGAAAAUUAGAAACAGCAUCAAGUAUUGUGCCUGAGCCCAGCUCUUGCAGUUGGCUUUGCCUGUGUUUUGCCUGUUGUGCAGUGUCAACAUGGUUGCUAUGAACACAGGCGUAAACAAUGGCCCAGUGAGUGCCAGCUGCUGCCACCACAGCGGGCAGUGCUGGGCUGGCUGUCCUCAGGAGCCCCUUGGGACCCUUGGGCACUGACACGGAGCAGAGAAGACUGGGUUAGCUGGAAAAUCAGGGGUAUCUCUUCAGUGCUUGGACAGCCAGUUGGUUUAGUCUUGUUUGGAUCUGUUUGAGAUCCUACUGCACCCUUUCAUUGCAGAACUUAAUUUUAAGGGCAGAUAUCAUCAUCUGGUCCAGCUGGAAGUUAGAGCCAUAUACUGUGGUUGGAAGAAUCACUUGAGUGCUGAAGACCAUCGGAGAGAGGAUCUGUUUUGAGGGAGGAGUGGAUAAAAAGCCAGAGUAACUUUGGUAAACGUUAGGGUAGAGGUAACUAAAAUUCAUGUUUAGAUACAUGCUCUCCAUUUAAGAGCUAAAUGUCAGGAUGCUAAUUCUGGUUCCUUCUUGAGGUCAUGUGUCAUUGUGCUGCUCCUGUAGUGACUUUUGUCAAGACUCUGCCCCCGACUGCUGCUGUAAUCUGGGAUGCUGGAUGGUCUGGGAGGAGGAGUGUUCUGUAAUGAAUAUGAACUGUAGGGUUACGGGGGAUUAUCGUGAUGAGGGGUCAGGUAAAUUGCUAAACAUACCACGUAACAAUUGUACUUCUGUUGGGUUAAAAUAAUGAAUUGGGAGAUGGCUUGUGAGGUGUUUAAACUUCAGGAGACUUCAUCAAAACAAUGCUUGACAUGCAUAUUUUUACACUAGUGUACUUUAAACUUCAAACAUACUUUAAAAACCACUCCAGUUUAAAUGUGUGCCUUCCUGUUCUGCUGUAGCUAUGGAAGUGUUGUGCAAGUGUCCCACAGCUCGAGGGAGGUGUGGCUGUGUGUUUGCCUUGCCCCAUCCUGCCCACGGCCUCCGUGGGCUGUGCAGGCUGGCUCUGCUCGCCUCCAUUUGCCGGUUGGGGUUGUGCUGUAGGACAGGCCUGUCUGUCUGUUGCUUCCAGAGCAUUCUAAGGAUGUUUUCCAAGUCAGCCCUUUUACAUAUCUGGCAAGAGUCUGCUGUCCUUUGGGAAGCCUGAUGUCUUAAAACAUUUUCUUUCAUGUGAACCUGGGAGUGGAAUAUGCAGCCUGAGCUGUAGGUUAAUUACAAAUUGUAAUUAUUGUUUUUCUAACUGUUAGUUAGGUUGUAAAGGACAUUGGGCUGAUGUGUUCUUUAAUGCUGCCUAUUCUUAACACUGAGCUUCUAGAGUGAAGCUUGAUUAGUCAGUAAAGGUAGUAGCUGCUAGGCAGACUGUAAAAGAAGGUGUAACAACUGGUAGAGUUAAAUAGCUGCUUUUGAUUUUAACUCACAGGGUUGAGGAGGAAAGUUUUACUGAAAGAGAGAUCAACAUUAAGGCUGGUAAUACAGUAGUUAAAGGGCUUUACUUUUUCCCUCUCCCCAAGUAUUUUAUAAGUUCUUGAAGUGAAGGUUGGCUACAAAAGGGAGUGAGAGGGAAAGUUACAUAGCACAGUUUCUUUGUUCUAAGUUGCCUUACUUCAAGCAAAGUAGUUUCACAGCAGCUUCAGUAGUCAUGAUCAGAUACUGCAGAGAAGUGUUGAGUUAGCCAUGAGUCUGUUGGGUUUGCAUUGCUUUGCUGGGGGUGGGAAACCUCUGAGUCUGUCAUUUCAGUGUGGCCUUUGGCUGGGGGAGGAGAAGGUGUUUUAAAAUGUUCUUCUUGCUCAGACAGGUGAUCUGCAGCCAUGAGCAGCAACGAGUGCUUCAAGUGUGGCCGUAGCGGCCACUGGGCCCGGGAGUGCCCGUCUGGCAUCGGCCGUGGCCGUGGCAUGAGGAGCCGUGGCAGAGCAGGCUUCCAGUUCAUGUCCUCCUCUCUGCCGGAUAUCUGUUACCGCUGUGGAGAGUCUGGCCACCUGGCCAAGGACUGUGAUCUCCAGGAGGAUGCCUGCUAUAACUGCGGAAGAAGUGGCCACAUUGCGAAGGACUGCAAGGAGCCCAAGCGGGAGCGGGAGCAGUGCUGCUACAACUGCGGCAAGCCCGGCCACCUGGCCCGUGACUGCGACCACGCCGACGAGCAGAAGUGCUACUCCUGUGGGGAGUUCGGCCACAUUCAGAAAGACUGCACCAAAGUGAAAUGCUACAGGUGUGGUGAAACUGGCCACGUAGCCAUCAACUGCAGCAAGACCAGCGAAGUCAACUGCUACCGCUGCGGCGAGUCAGGGCACCUUGCACGGGAAUGCACAAUUGAAGCUACAGCCUAAUUAUUUUCCUUUGUCGCCCCUCCUUUUUCUGAUUGAUGGUUGUAUUAUUUUUCUCUGAAUCCUCUUCACUGGCCAAAGGUUGGCAGAUAGAGGCUACUCCCAGGCCAGUGAGCUUUACUUGCCGUGUAAAAGGAGGAAAGGGGUGGAAAAAUCAACUUUCUGCAUUUAACUACAAAAAUGUUUAUGUUUAGUUUGGUAGAGGUGUUAUGUAUAAUGCUUUGUUAAAGAACCCCCUUUCCGUGCCACUGGUGAAUAGGGAUUGAUGAGUGGGAAGAGUUGAGUCAGACCAGCAAAAACCCUCUCUGGGUUACAGGGAAGUGAUCCUAUGCAGGAGGAAAGAAAUUCUGGAAGUGUCUAAACUUCCUCAUAACUUUUAUUUUAUUACAAUGGCCUUGGAUUGUCUGACCUCAGUAGCUGUUAACACCAAGUGAUAUCUGCAUCAGGCCCUACCUAGAGCAUAUAGCUGAGUGGGAGUAAACAAACAAGAUGCACAUGCCUGUUAAUGGCCAUGAGAGAGAGAGAGAAAUCUGAAAUCAAUCUUAAAAGUAACAGUAAUUCAGUCAGUGAAUGUUCAUGUUGGAGAUACAGAACGUAAUGGGAAGCUUUUGAAUAAAUAUCUCAAAGUCAAUCUGAAACCCAGACAUCAGUGCUCAUAGCAUAUACAAUUUGGAGCUAUUCAGGAGUUGCAAAUAAAUGCAUUUUCACAGAAAUCAAGAUGUUAUUUUUGUAUACUAUAUCACUUAGACAACUGAGUUUCAUUUGCUUGUAAUCAGUUUUUAAAGUAAGAUGGUAAGAGCAAUUGAAGUCCUAGAACAUAGAAAAUGUAAUUUUAAACUAUCAAUAAAGCUGGAGGAGGAAGGGGAGUUUGGCUAAAGUUCCUUUUGUUUAUUUUUGGUUUUCCUGUACACAGUGCAAAAUAACAUAUUAAAAAGGGGUAUGUGGAGGUUCA